AUGCCCGCCACCAAGAGCCCUCUCAGCGACGCGGAAAGCAUCAUGACAUCGGCCACCGAAAAUCCAAAGAAAGCCACCACCGAUCUCCUCCACACGCCCUUUAUGCGGGCCGCCCUCCCCUUCAUCAAUGGCGGUCUCGCGGGCAUGACCGCCACCACGGCAAUCCAGCCCAUCGACAUGGUCAAAGUCCGCCUCCAACUCGCCGGCGAGGGCGUCAAGACCGGUCCCAAACCCACCCCGAUCUCCGUCGUCAGGGACAUCGUCCGAUCCGGCAAAGCAAUGGACCUCUACACCGGCCUCUCGGCCGGCCUCCUGCGUCAAGCCGUCUACACCACCGCCCGCAUCGGCUUUUUCGACACCUUCAUGAAAUCCAUGACCGCCUCGGCAGAGGCAAAAGGCAACAAGAUCGGCUUCAAGGAGCGAGCAGGCGCAGGCCUCGCAGCCGGCGGUCUCGCAGCCAUGGUCGGCAACCCCGCCGAUCUCGCUCUCAUCCGCAUGCAAUCCGACGGCCUCAAGCCCGCCGCCGCCCGCGCCAACUACACCUCCGUCGUCGACGCGCUCGUACGGAUAACGAAGCAGGAGGGCAUAACGCGGCUAUGGGCGGGGGCAUAUCCCACGGUCGCGCGGGCGAUGGCGCUGAACUUCGGGCAGCUGGCAUUCUUCUCGGAAGCGAAGACGCGGUUGAAGGGGACGCCGCUGAGCGCGACGCAGCAGACGCUGUCGGCGAGCGCGGUGGCGGGGUUCUUUGCGUCUUUCUUCAGCUUGCCGUUUGACUUUGUGAAGACGAGGCUGCAGAAGCAGACGCGGGGGCCGGAUGGGUCGUUACCGUAUCGGGGCAUGGUAGAUUGCUUCAAGAAGGUGGCGAAGGAGGAGGGGCUGCUGAGAUUCUAUCGCGGGUUUGGGACAUAUUACGUUAGGAUUGCGCCGCAUGCCAUGGUGACGCUCAUCGUAGCGGACUACCUGGGUGUGAUCACGAAGUGA